UCCCCCUUUCCCCUCCCGCUGGUUCCUGGCGCAGCCAGAUGCUGCGCAGCGAUCACCGAUUCCCCAUCACCAAUUCGACUGGCGUCCCCGAGGCCACGGGCUCCCGUAGGCUCCCCGUGGCCCCGAGUUAUAGUCGGGACCCCUCGGUCGCGGGUGAUUGUCGGGUCUCCACGGGCCCGGGUCGCUGGGGCGGAUCAGGCCUCCGCGCCUUCUCAGGGCGCCCCGCAAGGCCGCAGGCAAGAUGAACAUUCUGGCGCCGGUGCGGAGGGACCGCGUCCUGACGGAGCUGCCCCAGUGCCUGAGGAAGGAGGCCGCUUUGCACGUGCACAAAGGCUUCCACCCCCGCGUCACCUGCGCCUGCCAGGAGCACCGGACAGGCACCGUGGGCAGAUUUAAGAUCUCCAAGGUCAUUGUGGUGGGGGACCUGUCAGUGGGGAAGACUUGUCUCAUUAAUAGGUUCUGCAAAGACACCUUUGAUAAGAACUACAAGGCCACCAUCGGAGUGGACUUUGAGAUGGAACGAUUUGAGGUGUUGGGCGUCCCCUUCAGUCUGCAGCUCUGGGACACCGCUGGACAGGAGAGGUUCAAAUGCAUUGCAUCGACCUACUACCGAGGAGCUCAAGCCAUCAUCAUCGUUUUCAACCUGAAUGAUGUGGCCUCCCUGGAACAUACCAAGCAGUGGCUAGCUGAUGCACUCAAGGAGAAUGACCCUUCCGGUGUGCUUCUUUUCCUCGUGGGUUCCAAGAAGGACCUGAGUACUCCUGCUCAGUAUAUGCUAAUGGAGAAAGAUGCACUCAAGGUGGCUCAAGAGAUGAAGGCCGAGUACUGGGCAGUCUCAUCUCUCACUGGUGAAAAUGUCCGGGAAUUCUUCUUUCGUGUGACGGCACUGACCUUUGAGGCCAACGUGCUGGCUGAGCUGGAGAAAUCGGGGUCCCGGCGUAUUGGGGAUGUUGUCCGCAUCAACAGUGAUGACAGCAACCUCUACCUAACUGCCAGCAAGAAGAAGCCCAUGUGUUGCCCAUGACGGGUGAGGGUACUGUUCAGAAACUGCCCAGCCCUGGGGCAGUGUGCCACCUUUACUCCCCCAGAGCCCAACCCCUGGACAUUUGCACUGACUGUUUUUCCAGACCAAAGAGCUGCCCCUUGGUGGCAGUAUCCCCAGAGGUGUAGCUGGGACCAUGCUAGUCACUUCCUGCUCCCGUGCCAAAAACUGGAUGCCCCUCUCCUCCAGGGCUCUCCAGGUUGCCCAGUGGUAGGGAGGUGGGUGGGCCCUGCUCCUCUUACUCAGCCUGCUGGGCCCUCUGGGUUUGAGGAUGCUUAAUGGUCCCAGCUUCACACUAUGCCUUAUGCAUUAAAAUAUCUGUUAUUAGCA